AUGGCUCCCAGUCAGUCGGCAAAGCAGCAAAAAAGAUCGCGGGCCAGCGAUGCCGCAGAAAAGGUGUCGAAAUCAGGUGCGGAACGAACAAAGCGCCGGCGGACUUCCGACGUCAAUGAUGAGCAGAGUCUCGUGAAGAGCAAUGAAUCAGUGGCGAAUGAGGCUACAGCCUUGGACGUGACUCUUUCUCGAGAACUCAAGGAACAAAAGAAAGCCGCGCCAUGGUCAUUUUCACGCCCCGUCGGGGGACGCUACCGGAACUUGGAUCCAGUCAUGACUGAGGACGAGGCAUAUCUAUUUGUCGGACUUGACACUGCGGUGCAGGUCUUCGCUACCGCGACCUCCCGUCUCCUCCGAACUUUACAAAUGGAAGCCGGCCAGAAGGUGGUCGGCUACCAACUCUGCCCAAUCGAAUCCGCAGUACUGUACAUUUUCACGUCUGGCUUUGUGACGAAGUGGGAUUGGGACUCUGGUAAGCGGCUUGCUCGGUGGGGUACCGAUGCCACUACCGUUGCGCUUGACCUGUGCGUCCCCAAGAGCAGAACUCAACCUCUCUCAUACUCUAUUGUCACUUCGAGAGAUGGGAAACGGCAGAUCUUGAUUAACGCAUUGGGAGAAAAGAAACUUGCGGGCGUUUGCAUCUUGAUGACUACUGAGGCAAUUAGCAGCAUAAAGGUUGCAUCCAGUGGCCGUGUUGUUGUUGCUUGCGACGGAGCUCAUAUUUUCCUGGGACAUGCUUCAGAGGUCGAUAUUGAAUCACCUGAGUCAGUUCAGUUCUCGUGGCGAGAGGCCACUCUUCCUGCUUCGGCAACGUGUUUCCACCUUCGGGAGAACUCUGAUGAAAGCCAAGCUUCUUCCCACCCAGUGGUUGAUCUUGCCGUUGGCCAGGUUGGGGGAUAUAUUCUGGCCUACCAAGACAUCUUGAGCACACUCUUUAUUCAGCCUGGAGAGAAGAAGUCUUCGCCUCGCAAACUUCAUUGGCACCGGGGUGCCGUAAGCUCCGUGCGGUGGUCUCGAGACGGCAACUACCUUAUUUCGGGUGGCCAAGAGUCCGUUCUUGUACUCUGGCAAUUAGAUACCGGGCGCAAACAGUUCCUCCCUCAUUUGUCCUCCCCUAUCUGCAAUAUUGUCGUGUCUCCGAGCGGCAACUCUUAUAUUGUCAAGCUCGCCGACAACUCGGUCAUGGUGUUGUCUGCUCGAGAACUACAACCCUCCGCAAAUGUGACGGGAUUGCAACUAAGUACUGAAGUUUCGAGCUACAAAGAUUCCUCUAUACAAAGGCCAUAUGGUGCUGUGGCAACGUUGCACCCCCAGCACCCCGAGCGGCUGAUGGUCACGGUGCCUGCGUCAUACCAUAUCAGUCAACAGGGCCAUCAUCGUCCAAGCUCCGCUGUCCUGCAGACCUUUGACAUUCGCUCAAACUACCAUAUCUCCAGACAAGCCCUGGCACGGACCAAUGCCACCACGCUCGACAUUGGCCCAGACGGCGCUCCUAUCGUUGCCCCUGAUGUCUCUCAGAUGGAUGUUUCACAAGACGGAAAGUGGAUGGCAAGUGUCGACUCGUGGACGCCCAACCCGCAAGAUGUGGAAGCUUUGACAUACACAACCUCCCAGAAGGAGUUUGCUACCUCGCACCCUGAAGUGUAUCUGAAGUUCUGGAAGUGGAACGCCUCUAAUGAUAGCUGGGAGCUGGUGACGCGGAUCGAUGGUCCUCACUUCAGGGAUUCUCGAAAUGCCGCAGUGCUGGGCCUAGAAGCUCGUCCGUUCUCACACGAGUUCGCCACUCUUGGUGCGGACGCAUUUUUGCGUGUCUGGAGUCCUAGCUCCCGGCACCGAAGCGGUCUGACCACUGAUGCCUCAAAGCAAAACCUGGACACCUGGAAAUGUCGAAGUGUUGUGGACCUCAACGCUUUUGUCAAAACCAGCAAUCAGACCGUUGAAGCAGGUUGCAUGUCUUUCUCAGAGGAUGGAUCUGUUCUCGCUGUGUGCUUGCCAUCUGCCACCGGAACCAGUGAUGGACUUGUUCUCUUAGUUGACGUGCGAGAUGGUGGUAUCCAUUAUCGCCGAACGGGAGUCUUCUCCGGCAAGCCGUACUCUGCCAAAUUCCUCGGGAAACACUUAAUUGUUGCUUCUUCUGGAUCCGUCUCCGUGUGGGAUACGGUAGAUGAUGUGGUCAAGCCAAUCAAACUCAUCGAAAACACCAGCCCCUCGGAAACGCCCUUCCAGACGAUGAUUGCCGUAAACUCUCGAACAAACACAUUCGCCGUUGCCCUCCGCAGCGGUGGCAGCUCGAGCAAUCCUCAAAAGAAGCGUCGCAAGGCUCGGUACCACAUCCAGAUCUACGACGUGUCCUCGCUUGAAAUGACAUUCCGCGAAACUCUUGCAUCCAGCCCGCUGUCUCUUCUCUCAGACACCUACACAGGCGACUAUAUCAUCAUCGACUCGACCGCCACCGUGCAACGCCUUGGUUGCCUGGAGAAGACGACGCAGAAGACCACUCAGCCGCGGGAAGUCACCAGCCAACUGAAUUCAGGCCUCGCGAGCAUCUUCAGUCAAUCUCACGAGCGGUCGGCGGUCAUUCCCGUCAUUGAAGAGGAUACUUCGAGCUCUCAGAACAAGGCACUUGCAACUGUCUUUGGAGAGACUCCGGCCUUCUCGCUACCUUCCAUGAAUGUGCUCUUCAGGAAUGUAGUGCAGACCUUGGGAACAAACUGA